GCAACAGCAAGAAAGCAAUCGAGUGAAUUAUUUCGUUGUUGCUCCUGUCCUACCAACGGAAUCGUGCCAGCCAGUGAUUUCGAGAGACAGAGAACAGGAGACACGAUGGAAGCAGUGGUCAAGGGCGACGUGACGGCGCAGGAUGGAUUGGGCUCUGCUCAGGUGCGAGCCUUCAUCUCUUCCACGUUUACCGACACCGUGCAUGAACGAAAUGAGAUCCUCCUCAAGGUCGUGCCCAAGGUCCGCGCAUUUGCCAAGACAAAGGGCUAUGACUUUUCACCCGCAACCAUGCGAUGGGGCGUGACCAAGGCUCACGCCAACAACCACAGUCACGCUGAACUGUGCAUCAAGGAAGUCAAGCAGUGCAUGAAGCUCUCAGAGGGCAUUGCCUUCAUCAGCCUGCUUGGCCAGAAGUUUGGCUUCCAGCCCUUCCCAAGCAACAUUGAGCAGGGCGAGUUUGAGAAGCUCGUGGAUGCACUCCGUCAAUCCGAUCAAGACGAGGCAAGUGCAAUUGAGCAGCUUGAGCGCUGGUUUGAGCUGGACACGAACAAGCAGCCGGCCAAGUACGUGCUGCGGCCCAUCACAGACCUCCACCCGGCAUAUGGCGAUGACUCCCGGCCAGAUGAGGCGCGGGCAGCCAGCGGGGCGUGGUGGGGCGAGUUUGAUGUGAUGCAGAAGGCACUCAGGCGCGCGUGUGUUCUUGCUGGUCUUCCAGAAGACGAGCAGAUCAAGUAUCUCCAAUCCGUGACGGAGGAUGAGACGCGCGUCGGUCUCAAGCCGGACGCCAACGCAACCGUCCUCGUGCCGGACAUCAACGAGCGUGUCGUCUGGUUCAAGCGCACCAUCGCCAACAUUGAAGACAAAGUGGGGGAUCCGGCUGCGUUCAACUUUGUGGACGUCGUUGAUGGGCAGCUGGACGAAGGUUCGCAGAAGCGCCUCAACAGCGUGAAGGACGAGUUCAUUCCGUCCACGGGCCUGACCAACAUCACGGAGUACACCCUCUCCACCUGGAGUCCAGACAAGGGCGUCGACCCCUCGCUUCCCGAGCACCGGCAGUACCUCGACAAGCUGACAGCGGACGCUGAAGCCGCUCUGAAAGCGUCCAUCACCAAGGCCGCAGAAAAGGCAACGGCGCUGCGAUUCGACACGACCUUCGUUGAAGCGGCCACUCAAGCCCGCUUCUGCCGCGAACGCGUGGAGACGUUCUACGGGCGGGAAGAGCUUGUGGCCAAGGUGACCGGGUAUCUAGAGCAGGAUGCGAGCGAUGGCGUUGAGCCGUUUGUGCUGUACGGGCGAUCUGGCAGCGGCAAGACGUCCAUCCUCGCCAAGGCCGCACACGAGGCCAGCGCCAAGUACGCAAAAGGCGGACAGCACCAGCUGAUCCUGCGCUUCAUCGGCACAACCAGUGGCUCGACCACGAUUGUGCAGCUGCUGCAACUCAUCUGCAAGCAAAUCCGCCGCCACUACGGCGAACCAAACCCGGAUGCAGUCAAGGAAGAGCUUGCUGAGCUGAUCCAGGACUUCAAGACGUGUCUUGAGCUGGCGACGGCAGAGAAACCGCUCAUGCUCUUCCUCGACUCGCUCGACCAGCUCUCCCCAGAGGGCGGUGCCAGACAGCUGCGCUGGCUUCCUGCGCCAACACUGCCGCCCCACGUGCACAUGGUGCUGUCCACGCUCCCGGAGGCGAAGUACGAGUGCUUUCCUCGCCUCGAUGCUAUGUACAGCGUUAACUUUGUCGAGGUGGUUCCGCUGAACAUGGAGACGGAUGUUCCACGCAUCAUCACCUCCUGGUGCACCGCCAACGGUCGCUCCCUCACAGACGAACAGCGCAGCAUCGUGCUGGCGGCGUGCAAGGCGUGCCCCUACCCGCUGUACGUGCGGAUGGCGCUGGACGAAACGCGCGGGUGGAAGAGCACGACGCCACCGGACGAAUGCUCCCUCAAACCGGACAUCCAGUCCAUCAUCGACAACCUGUUUGAGCAGCUGGAGGUUGCACACGGAAAGCGCUUCAUCUCCGCAGCGCUCGGAUACAUCACCGUCACCUAUCGAGGUCUCUCCGACACGGAACUCGAAGACAUCCUCUCCUGCAACGAAGAGGUGCUUGAGCGCAUCUUCGAGUACUGGCUGCCGCCCCAGCGCCGAAUCCCACCGCUCCUGUGGGCGCGUGUGCGCGACAUUCUCGGGGGAUUUCUUGUUGAGCGCGGGUCUGGCUCCACGCGCGUGCUCAGCUGGCACCACCGCCAGUUUGUUGAAGUUGCGCGCCGUCGCUACUGCCCCGAGGGCAGCGCAACAGCCAAGCAGCUGGCGUCCGACGUCGCUGACCAUUUCCUCGGCAAAUGGGCGGGAAAGAAGAAGCCGUUCAGCCCGUCGCCAGACCAGCAGAAGCGCUUUGGUCUCCCAGCACAUGAUGAAGCCGACCGUCUCGUCACGCCGCAGCCGCUCGUGCACGUCUCCGACGACGAGUUCAACUGGCGCGAGCAUUCGCAGGCGAACAUCCGCAAACUGGAAGAGCUCCCACACGUCCUCGCCGUCUCGAACAGGAUCACGGAGCUGGUGGAGUUGUGUCUGUGCAACUUUGAUUUCCUUCUGCUGAAGAUGCGCUGCUUUGGCAAAGUCGCCGUCUUGUCGGAUUUCGAGCUCAUCAGCAAGCACGACACGAGCGGGUGCGAUCCCCACCUGCUUCGCGCCGCAACGUUGACUGGCCUUUCCAUCCGGCUUGCGCCUGCUGAUCCGGAACAGCUCGCCAGUCAGAUCACUGGCCGACUCAACGGCGCCCGCGCCAACACGUACAUCGACAAGCUCAUCGCCCAGAUUUGGGCGUCGCCGUACACGGCCAACCCAACCAUUGUGUGCUUGAACGCGUGCAUGGACCCUCCAUCCGCCUCAAAGCGCCACGUCUUUGGCCACCCGGACAAAGUGCGCAACUUUGCGAUCAACCCGACCGAGACGCUCGCGGCCGUGGCCUGCGAUGACCGCAAGACAUAUGUGUGGAGUCUGGAGGAUGGAGAGCAAGUUGCCAUUCUCGGACCGCACGACUGGAUGUGCCGGGCCGUGUGCUUCACGCAGCAGGGCGACCGCCUGAUCACCUCGUCUUGGAGCGGCCAGAUCAAGAUCUGGGAUGUGGAGACGUGGCAGGAGCUGAAGGACUUCAUGCUGAAGAGUGAAGAGCGCAACGCCGACUUUAUUGAGCGGCUGUGCAUGGCCGAGGACGGAAAGACGCUGCUGUCCGCCGCACACGACAACCGCAUCCACUUCAUCGACUUGGAUGAAGGAGAGGUUAAGCAGUCGCUUGAACUAUCAGGCGCCUCAGAAUGCACAGUCAAGGGUCUGGACGUGCAUGCCAAGGGCCACAAGAUUGUCGCGGCGAACGAACGCGGAACCAUGGUGCUGUUCAAGUUCACAAACAACAUGUGGACGCGCGCGUGCACGACGGAUAUCGGACACGGUGCUAGCGGCUGCUGUUUCGUUGCAGACACAGACGAUGUCGUCGUUUGCGAUGACAGUGACGUGUUCAGGUUCAAAACCAGCGGCGGGAAGUUUGAGCAAGUGUGGUCCACCACGCUUGGCAAACUGCUCAGCGUGCAUGCAGAUGAGCAGUUUGUGUGUGCGUCGUCACACACGGGUGUUCUGCAUGUGCUGGACAGUCGCGGAAAACGUCUGCGUCAGAUUGAGAGCCACACGGAGUGGAUCGACAACUGCAGGGUCAUUGGAGACAACAUCUACUCCUGCAGCCAGGAUCGAACCGUGCGCGCGUUCAAGGCCAUUGAAAGCGAGGGCGACCAAGACAGCGAUGAGCUGGAUCCACCAGCGAUGCACAGCAAGGACGUCAGCGCUGUCACGGGCAACAACGAAUACGCCUUUAGCUGCUGUGGCUCUGACUCGUUUAUUCUGCAGUGGGAUCUUGCCACUGGCAGUGUUGUUCGCCGCCUUCCACUCGACAGUUCGGAGCUCACCAUCUCCGCAGAUGGCCGCUUCCUUGUGGGCAGUUUUGGAACGUUUGAAAUUGCCACAGACACCCUGCAACAAGGGUCCCUCGCGCGCAGCACAUAUUCUGGCACCAUCGCUCACAGCCUCGAUGGGCGCUAUGUGCUGAAGACAGGCAUUGGCAUGUCAGAUGACACGCGCGUGAGCAUCACGGACCUGCAGACAAACCGAAGCGUCAACUCAAAACUCAAACAUGACAAACUGAUUCGUGCUGUCGUCAUGUCGACGGAUGGCACGCGUGUCGCCACUGUUGGCGAUGACGGUGAAGCAAAGAUUUGGUCGUGGCCGGAGCAACAGCUUGUGAAGACGGUUUCUCUCUUCCGCCCGGCCCUGACCACCGCCAUUUCGCCCGAUGGCACCAUGAUGAUCGCUGCCAUCAAGGGCGGCCUGGUGUACAUCAUCGACCUGAAGAGCGACCGGCGCCUGAACGAUCUGGAGCACUUCAAGGCCGAUCGAGACAACUAUGCGCGUCUUGUCAUCUCCUCCACGUUUUCGAAGGAUUCGCGCUACGCUCUCAGCGGCGGCCGCGACCGCAUCGUCAAGGUCUGGGACACCCAGAAUGGCGACUGCGUGGCUCAGGCGACGUUUGAGGGCGGUGUCGACAAGAUGGAGCGCACCCUCGACGGCGCAUUCGUCGCCGGAACACAGGGCGGCUACGUCGCUCUCUUCCGCUUGAAGGGGGGAAAGCAGACGGCUCCGCCCAAGUUUGCCCGCAGCAACCUGGAUGUCGACACCACGAACAUCACGUACACGGUGGCAGACACCUCGUGCUGCUGCUCCAUCGCCUGAGCCCCACGACAAAGUGACGCUCGCCGCUUGCCGUCCUCCUCCCGUUGGUUUCUUGCGUGCUCUUGUGCUGCUGUGCGUUGUUUCCGUUUGUGCGUUCCGUGCGCGAAACAAGCGCAUGCACACAUGCGGUGGCCCCAUUGUGCUUUUGUGCGUGCUUGCCUUUUGCGUUCGGCUGUUCCCACAACUUGCACACGUUCCCCAACCCACCGAUACACACGCACAUGUGUUUUAAGUCGG